CUAUUUAUUUAGCUUUCUGUCAGAUCCAGACGAGAACGCACUGGUCCCCCUUCAGCUUGACGCUGUGAGACAAAACUUCGCGAGUUAGUUAACUUAAGAAGAAACAGAUGGCAUCUCGCUUCGCCCAUCUGUCCCAGAGAGACAGCAGUGUGGCCAUGCUUCGCGUUAAGAUGUCCCGACGGCGCUCCCAGGCGCAGAAGGAGAAUCGCGACCAGGCGGUUAGCCUGCACCGAGGCCUGCAUCGGCUGCCCGACCUGCAUGACGUGGUGGUGGUGGUGGGCCAGCCCGAGGACGCGACAGCACUGGCAGUCAAAGGGGACAAAAAGCCGAGCAUGGCGAUGGAGGAGCGGAGGAAGAUGCUGGCGCGUUACAAGGAGGCCAAAGAGCUGCGGAAGGAGAAGGAGAGGAGGGCCCAGGAGAAGAAGGGCGUGGCCUUUAAGGCGGGCGGCAUCUACAAACCCCAGCCUCUGGCCCCGCUCCCGCAGGUGCGAGCCGGAGCCAAGGCAACAUUGACUGUUCCAUCCCACAAGGUGACAUUGUCUUCGAAGCCACAGCCUCCAUGGAAGCCCCUUGCACAGAGACGGAACGCGUCAGCCCCCAGGAAAGUGAAACCUCAAGUGGCCCUGACGUCACAGCCGGCUCCCCCUGCUGGUGGGAGUGGAACUGCACCAGCUGAGCGGGUGGCAGGAGCGCCUGCAGUCUUCUUCUUUACAGGCAACGCUGGGCCACAGCCUCAGGCAGUCGAGAGCAAGCCUGCUCCUGCUCCUGCUCCUGAAGAGGAGGUUGAGGGGAGCGAGGUGGAGGUGCAGUCGCACGUAACGCUCAGCCCUGCCUGCCCUCCUGGAGGAGGAGGGGAACCGCCACAGCCGGACGCCGUGGAGGACGAAGGGCCCCCCUCCCCCUCCUCUCCCGGGUUUGUGUUUGAGCCCCCCUCUGGUCUGAGUUUGUUCCUGAACGCCCUCCUGGACCCGCUGUCUGAAGACUCUGUCCCCACGUCCUGCCCCAGCAGGGAGGACAUGCCUACUGCAGUGGCCUUCAGGCCUCCUUCUACCCCCCUAUCCUGUCCCAAACCCUCCUGCUCCUCUCCUCCCCCUCCUCAUCCCUAUCCCUCUACCCCCCUAUCCUGUCCCAAAUCCUCCUGCCCCUCUCCCACCCCUCUGUCCUGUCCUGAACCCUCCUGCUCCUCUCCUCCCCCUCCUCAUCCCUAUCCCUCUACCCCCCUAUCCUGUCCCGAACCCUCCUGCUCCUCUCCUCCCCCUCCUCAUCCCUAUCCCUCUACCCCCCUAUCCUGUCCCAAAUCCUCCUGCUCCUCUCCUCCCCCUCCUCAUCCCUAUCCCUCUACCCCCCUAUCCUGUCCCAAAUCCUCCUGCUCCUCUCCUCCCCCUCCUCAUCCCUAUCCCUCUACCCCCCUAUCCUGUCCCAAAUCCUCCUGCUCCUCUCCUCCCCCUCCUCAUCCCUAUCCCUCUACCCCCCUAUCCUGUCCCAAAUCCUCCUGCCCCUCUCCCGCCCCUCUGUCCUGUCCUGAACCCUCCUGCCCCUCUCCCGCCCCUCUGUCCUGUCCUGAACCGUCCUGCUCCUCUCCUGCGCCCUGUCCCAAACCCUCCAGCCCCUCUCCUCCUCAUCCCAAUCCCUCUACCCCUCAAUCUCCCUCUACCUGCAUGGAGGCUGAGCAUGACGUGUCGUAUUUCAGGACGGCGAUGGUCAGGGAGACGGGCAGGCUGACGGUGCUGUGUGAGCAGUGGGAGCCCCGCACAGAGGAGCCCUCCAUCCCCGAGGAGAUCAGGGAGAGGGUGCGGACUGCAGUGGGCCAGGCCAGGCUUCUGAUGAGGGAGCGUUUCGGACAGUUCCAGGGCCUGGUGGACGACUGCGCCCUGGGUCGGGGGGAGCAGGUCACCACCUGCACCGACCUGCAGGGCUUCUGGGAAAUGGUGUUCUACCAGGUGGAAGAUGUAAACAGGAAAUUCAGUGUCCUGGAAGAGGUGGAGUCGAGGGGCUGGAAAGAGGAACUCAAGCCCGUCCCCCGGAAAAAACGGGCUGCAAAGAAGCCCCCCCUGGCGGCAGCGGGGGGGGCAGCGGUGUCCAGUGCGGCCGCCAGGAGCCGUCUGGCCGCGGUGAAAGCCGCGAUGAAAGCCAAGAGGGAGGCGGAGGCCCAGAGCACGGCGGAGACCCCCGCAGGGGCGGGGGAGGGGCAGCCGGCGGCCGACGCCCAAACCGUGGUCUUCCACGGCGGCUUCUUCCAGGUGGAGAGUCCCGCCAAAGUGCUGGGUUCCAUGAGAAGGACGUCCCUCCUGAGGGUGGCUUCCUCCCCCUGCACCCCCUCACAGGUCCGCACUCCCCGGAGAGGCCUGCACCCCUCUGCGCUCCGCCUGUCCCCCGCUCCGGGGGUGACCCCCACCCGCCGGACGAACUCGGCCCUGUUUGGCAGUCCGUGCCUGUCCCCCAGACCCACGGCACCGCCUGGCUCUCCUUCUCCCAAACGCACGCAAAACGCACGACGGGAGGAACAUUCAGGCGUUCCUUAUGAAGACGUGCAGCCCGCCCCCUGCCUGCUCAGCCCAUCCCCCUGUCAUCUAACCCCCGCCCCCUGCCCUGCAAACUCCACCCCCUGUCACGGAAGCCCCACCCCCUGCCAUGUAAGUCCCAACCCCAGCCCUUUAAAACCCACCUCCUGCCCUUUAAGCCCAGCCCCCUGCCCUGCGCACCCUGCCCCCACAUAUCAGUCCGAUCACGAUUACGCUCAGUUGGCCAGUCCCUCAGAAAAGCUAGAGUUAAAAGCUGCCGGGCAAUCUGCAUCGACCUCCCCUAGCCCUCAGGAAGUCACCAGCCAAUCCGGGAUUGCAGAAGUGUACUUAGAGCCCCUUCUGCCGGUGGUGGAUUCUUGUAGCCAAUCCCAGCUCCUUCCAGAGGUGACUGAUGCCUCGUGUGGCCAAUUAGAGCUUGUUGCAAAACCUGAAGUGGGAGGUUCCCCUCCUGCCCUCUUGGGCACACUUACUCCAUCUCGGCAGGAGGGGGCGGUAGAGGACCUCAGCGAAUGCCAGCCCUGUGAAAGAUCAGCCUACAGCCCUUCUCAGUGGCAGGGGCUGAAUUUCACCCUCUCACCCUCUGCGUACCCCUCUACCCCGACUCGAGGACUGCUUCUCAGCCCUCAGGACACCAGCCAAUCGGGGAUUGCAGAAGUGUACUUGGAGCCCUUCCUGCCCCUGGAGGACUCUCUUCGCCAAUCCAAGCUUGUUCCGGAGGUGACGGAUGCCUUACGUGGCCAAUCGGAGAUCGUUGCUGAACCUGAAGUGGGAGGUUCCCUUCCUGUCCAAUUGGGCGCACUUACCCCAUCUCGGCAGGUGGGGGCGGUAGAGGACCUCAGCGGACACCCCUCGCCCUGUGAAAGAUCAGCCUACAGCCCUUCUCAGUGGCAGGGGCUGAAUUUCACCCUCUCGCCCUCUGUGUACCCCUCUACCCCGACUCGAGGACUGCUUCUCAGCCCAGACGUCCCCUCGCCCAUAGUCCAGUCCCCUCCCUCCACCCCGAGGCCCCUCCCACUGCCCCUGAGUGACAGGAGCCCGGGAGGUGGGGCGCAGAUGGGCCCGGCUGUGGAGACAUCCGGCACGGCGGACGUCCCGCGGUUGGACUUUGACUCCUGCGUCCCGCCCGGCGUGAAGUGCCGCCUGUCGCCGCGGGCGACUGUCGCUAUGGAGACCCCGCCGGACGACGUCCCGAUGGAGAGUCCCGGACACGGGCGCGAGGACGAGCUGGAGGGGGAGGAGCUGGAGGACGCAGAAUGAUGACACUGGGUGUUGGCCUUCACUCCGGGCCAGGAAGUGUCUGCUGGUGCGAGACCCCAUGAUGUCUGCUUCCCAUGUCCUUUAAGCCUGUGCUACUGUGGAAACGUGGAAACGAUGUAACGUGUAAAUACAAAAAAAGAAUAAUAAUUCCAAAGAAUGCACAUUCAAGUUGAUUUGAGUGUCUCAUCUCUCAAUCUCAAGUUAUAUUUAACCAUGUAUUUUGACUCUCAGGUUUUAAUUUCAUAAGAUAAUGUAUGAAUAAAAGUUUACUCCUA